AUGGAAGAGCAAGAGCUGGUCCGCUCCCCCGAAGCGAUUGGUGUCGGCGAUGACAACGCGGAACCACCAGCGAAGAGGGCAAAGACUGAUGGGGAGGACUUUCAAUCCAUAAGAGAUGACAAUGUCGUGGACGAGACGGACGAGGCAGACAGGAUUCUCCCGGGCUCCCCUCUACCUUUUCCACCCGCGAUGGGCCCUUCCAACAAGACUCGCGCCACUCAAACCCGGCUUCGUCUUGGCAUCGAACCCGCGGCUCGCAGAGCUCAUGGCCUCGACCCCCCCGCGGCAGCCACCAAGCUGCCGCCCCCGAAGAAGACCGCCGACUUUUCCCCCUGGACUGGGAAUCAGCCCGAGGACACGCUGAACGAAAACGUGGUGAAACUCGGCUACUUCGACAAAGCGCCCGGCACCAAUCAGGCGGAAUGCAACUCGGCCAAGCCCACCAUCGCGUCGACUCUUCACCAAAAGAAUGGCCCGGGUGUCUCCCUCUUGAGCUACUUGUAUACCCUGGUGCUCGAGAAGAGGCAGACACUUGGAAAGUGCACUGCCCCUUCCACCUUCAAACCCCCGCCACGAGUCACCGUCACCGAUACGAAGCGAGAAGCAUGGUUGCGCGACCUGGCCAAUCCCGACAUUCCUCUGCGCAAACAAAGCAGAACCAUCCCACAUGGUAUCCGCGGGAAGCUGCUCAUGGAGCAGUGCUUAAGCAAAAACAUCUCCUUACCGCGUGCCGUGUGGCUGGCGAAAUGCGUCGGGGCCAAUGAGCUGCGUGCCUUUCGACGAAAAGGCGUCAGCGGGUCUGCCACGGCGGUGGGCGAGUCGAAAUGGCUUCUCGAAUGGACGACACAUGUGGAGCAGUUUCUCGAAGACGUGAUUGCAAGCUGCGGUCAGGAAGGAUGGCAGCGCAGGAUGGGCUACGCG